UUACACAACAAUCGUUGACAUAGUUUUUUUAAUAAGUGUAGUGUCAACUUACUCAAUACUCGUACAAGUAGUUUUUUUUUAAAUUAAUCAUGGAUAAUAAAGAGCAUAAACCUAAAAAGAAUUUCAAAAGGAAACGAAAGCAUUGUGCCUCGGAAACGAUAAAGAAAUUCGCCCGACAACGAGAUCACGGUGAACUUGAUUCCGAAACUUAUCAAUACCUCGUCCAAAUCAUGGAAGUUAUUCGCAAAGAAUUCCCGAAAAUGGAAGAAAAGCAGAUUUUCGUUGACAACGUUUACGAACAAACAAUUGGCAAAGAAGUUGACGUUGCGAAAAAUCAGGUGGGCUCUAUUGUUCUUGAAACUUUACUUAAAUACGCCAAUUUUCAAACAAUCGUUAGAUUAUUUGAUUCUUUUAAAGAGUCACUGAGGCCAUUCUGUAGCGAUAGAUAUGCAUCACAUGUUUUGGAAAAAUUAUUGUGUGUUUGUGCUCACAGAGGAAAUUUAACAGAAGUAGAAAAAAAAGACCAGGAAGUUAAAUAUGCAGAGGAACAAAAGUAUAAUGAGAUUGCCUUGAAGCUGUGUAAAUACACCAUCAAUAAUAUUGAAGAAUUUAUUUGGGAUACAUAUGCCAAUCAUAUACUAAGAACUGUUUUUGAGUGCCUUGGUGGUCUUAUUGAUCUUAGUGAUAGCGGUAGUAAUAAUAGUAAAAAAAAGUCUGGUCCAAGUUUAGAAAACCGAAGACAGGUGCUAGAUGAAUACGUUGAUCUCUUAAAAACAACCUGUAAAAGAUUUAUGAAUUUUCCACAAUUUCAAGAGUACAAUCACAAUGAUUUGACUUCUAAUUUUAUACAGUCAGUGUUGUACACCUUAAAAGACAUUGACUCAGAUUUAAAUAGUUCUUUGAUAGACAAAAUAUGUACAGUUAGCUACAACAAAAGCGAGGGAAACAAUCUAUCGAAUAUUUUUUUUAGCGAAUGUUCUAUUAGACUGUUAGAAGCUUGCAUUGUAGUUUCAAAUCCCAAAGACUUUACAAAUAUUUAUGAAAAUUUUUUUGAAAACCAUAUUGGUAGGUUGUCUGUUAUGGGGAGUGCAAACUUUUGCGUGCAAAGAUUAUUUGAACACUGUCACUCAAAAGAACUCUUAGAGAAAUUGUUUGACGAGAUCGUAGAGCACUUUGAGGCUAUCCUUAAAAAAGGAUACACUGGUGUGUUGGCCAGUUUAGCAAGUGCUUGCUGUAGAUUGCAUGCAAAGCAAGGACCCUUUGUAAAUGCUAUAACUAAGAUUUUGCACUGUGAAGAGCCAAAAGAUAGGCAAACUCUCAUUGUACCAUUAGUAGUAACACUUAAAACUUUUGAUGAGUAUGACAGUUUUAAGAGUAAAGAUGAUUCAAAGAGUAAAGUGCCAUUGAAUCUACAUGGCAGUUUGAUACUGCAAUCGAUAUUGAAUUUCAACAAACCAAUCAAAGUCGUGAAUUCGUUGUUAGGAAUGAGUACAGAAGAUUUGCUGAAAAUGUUUGAAGAUCCAAAAGGAAGUAGGAUAAUGGACGCGUUUAUGCAAAGUCAGUACAUUGGUGAAAAGAGUCGUGAAAAGCUGUUUAAAAAUCUGAGGGGUACUUGGGUCCAACUGGCAGGAAGUACACAUGGAUCCAGAUGUUUGGACAGGAUAUGGGAGUGGGCAAAGUCCAAUCAACGUGAUGCGAUGAUGGAUGAAUUAUGCAGUGUGGGACAGUUGCUUAUGUCAACUAAUGCUGGCCGAUUAAUAUAUACAAAAUUAAAUGUACAACUUUAUUCUAAAAAUAAAAAAGUUUGGACUGAGGAACAAGCAAAAGAGUCAGCUAAAAAAGACAAAAAGGUUAAAGUCGCAGCUGAAUUUUUGGAAGAUGUGAAAAAAAAAUAA